AUACAAAAUACAUAUAAUCGUUCGUAUGUCUUAGAAUAUUUUAUUACAUCAAAUUGAUAUAAUACUCGACCAAAAAUGAGCCGAAAACCUGAUUUUUCGACAUUAAAAGUGGCAGCCAUUUUGAAUCUUUGUGACUUUGAAACAAGAUGAUGUAUAUCAAGUCAGUUGUGUCUCUGUGUGUCCUGGUUACACUAAUUAUUGCAGUCAAGGCACGGCCAAAACAGAAUAGCAAUGAGCAAGCAAUACAUCAAUAUACAUAUGGCCAUGCAGAGGAAAUGGGUACAGAAAGUAGUGAGGAAACAAGGGAGGUGAAACGACAUGUAUCACCUAUUCCUCCUCAUUGUGGCAUGAAGAAUUCUAAAGAUCGUCAAAAGCGGAUAGUAGGUGGAGAAGUUUCUCAACUUGGUGAAUGGCCAUGGCUAGUGAACAUGAGAUUGAACACAACUGUUUAUUGUGCUAGACUAGAACAGCAUUGUAACAGUCCUGGGCCAUUUGAAUUUUUAUGUGGUGGCUCAUUGAUACAUCCACAAUGGGUACUCACUGCAGCUCAUUGCAUAUUGAGUGAGGACACUAAACAUUGGAUGAUGAGAAUCGGGGAACACAACAUGUUAGAUGACACUGUUCCACAUGUUGAUGUCCCAGUAGAGAGGAUAUAUCUACAUCCAGAAUGGAAAGGGUGGGGAUCAUUUGACAUAGCAUUGGUGAAGCUAAGUGAAGCAGCUGUGCAUAAUGAGAAUGUCAAUGUUGUAUGUUUGCCUGAUGAGGAAGAUCUGAACAAAAUCAAACCAGGGAGACACUGUAUGUUAGCAGGAUGGGGCCUAACGAAGGAUAAGGAGUAUAAUGGCAGCAGAUCUGAAGUGGUAAAACAUAUGAGAGUCCCUAUUGUUGACCCUGAGAAGUGUAGUUGGACCAUAGGGGAUAGUUCAUUUAACUUUACACUAACAAUAGCUGAGAGUGAAAUCUGUGUUCAUGCAGACGAUACACUCAUUGGACCAUGUAAUGGUGAUUCAGGCAGUCCAAUGGUGUGCUAUGACGAGGAGGAUGAGACAUAUGUCCAGAUGGGGAUUGUUUCUAGGGGUCUAGGGAUAUGUGGAGAGGAGCCUGAAAUAUUCACCAAGAAGAAAUCCACUUACUUGGCUUCAUAUCCUGAGAAAGAAUGAGAUCUGAGAAAGCGUUUGCCUCGUGACUCUAUAUCUGUGAAAGAUUGUGUGGCGAUGGCCUGUAGCGUUGUACGAAGCAGUUUCAGGUCGCCACUUGCAUUAUCAUUCAUCACAUAGUCAUCACAUUCGUAACUGAAAGCAAGAACAUUUUAAUCAUUUAGUUUCUCAAAUUCAUGGAAAUACAAUACCUUCAUUUGUACAUGGGUCUUUAAAAAGGUACCAUUUGGAGGAGCACAUGGUCUCAGUCCAUAUAUUAUGAAAAUUUGGAAAUUUUUACCAUAAAUGGACAGAGUGGAUAAUUCCAUAGGUUUCCAUAUGGGACUUACUGGUCUCUAAAAGUACCAUGGUACAGCACAUGUUCCUCUAUUUAAAGGAUGCAUAUGCAAAAUGUAUAGAGUAAAUUGUGUAGGACUAGUUAUUUAUUGAUCAUCAGUGAUGAUUAGCAAUAUUAAAGGAAUUGACUAACUUACCAGUAGACAUAUUUCUCAUUCACUUCCAAAGCAAGAGGGUGCUGAAACAAGAGAACAAUCAAAAAAUUAGAUGCAACAUGAAUUGAGGAUUUUUAAACAUAAAUAACUUUGCCUAUGAAAGCUCCAUAACUAGUAUAAAAUAUUUCACUUUUUCAAAACUCAAAAAAGUAUCUAGGAAGUUCAGGUCAUAGUCAGGGACAUAACCAUGGUCUACAAAAAGGUGGGGCAAAUGACGUCAGAAGGAAUGACCAU